AUGCGUCUCACCACCCUUACUGUCGGAGCCAUGGCUCUGGCCGCUCCUCUGGUCUCCGCUUCCGGAUACCACGAGCGAGGCCUCGUCGACCCAAAGCACCACCCCGCCGGCCACCUGUUCGACAAGCGCGGAGAUGAGCACCACAGCCUCACCAAGCGUCAGCUCGCCUCCACCUCCAAGAACGGCAUGCCCUACCCACCCGCUGGCGCUGACCCGCCUCCCGCCAGCUCGCUCCCCAAAGCUUGGGUCGACCGCUACAACGCCAAAAAGGCUGCCGGUCUGAUCCCCAACAUCCCUCGAUCCAUCACCGACCCCAACACGCGUGCUACCGUCUACCCAGCCGGCACUGACAUGACCAACGUCUGUUCCUGGACCGUUCAGAAGUGCGACACGGGCGACAUCUGGCUGGCUCCAGACAACUACGUCGCCAUCACCUUUGACGAUGGUCCCACCCCGCAAUCGCCAGACCUGAUCAAGUAUCUCCAGGCACAAGGUACGAGCGCGACCCACUUCCUCAUUGGCAGCGCAAUUGUCUGGAACCCUACCGCCAUGGACCAGUACGUCAAGGCGGACCCUCCCAUGCAUCUCGGCGUUCACACCUGGUCGCACACUCUGCAGACGGGCAAGAGCGACCUCGAGAUUCUCGGUGAUCUGGGCUGGACGAUGCAGAUCAUCUACGACUUGACCGGAAGCGUGCCCAUGUACUGGCGUCCUCCUGAGGGCGAUGUCGACGCGCGUGUCCGCGCGAUUGCGACACAGGUGCUCGGUCUGCAGACCGUCAUGUGGAACAAGGAUGCCGAUGACUGGUGUCUGCGUCAGGGCAACGAUACUGCGCAGCUCACCACGUGCACCACCGGUGUUGGCGCGACCAAGCAGAGCGUCAUCAGGGAGAUGACCAGUUGGGCCAACUCGGGUAGCGACCGCACGGGAUUCAUCUCGCUCGAGCACGAGACUACCGACCAGGCCAUCGACUCGUUCAAGAGCUACCACCGCGCGCUCAAGCACAACAACUGGAACAUCGGGGCUGUCCCCGAGCUGCAGGGCUUGCCGUACUACCAGAACCAGUGGAACCUGACUUCCAAGAAGGAGGCCGUGGACAGCAUCUUGCCUACGCGUGAGCCCAUCAAUGUCGUCCACUCGGAUGCCCAGCGUGGUAGCUCCAGGGCUCCCGACACGAGCGCUUACGCUAAUUUGGAUGGAAGCGGUGCGAAUGCCAAGGCUUCGUCGUCGGCCAGUGCUGCUGUGGCCAGCGCCAGCACUGCUCGUCCUCUUGCUUCUUCUACUUCUGCCUCAACCAGCGGCUCGGGCGGCAGUGCAGCCUCCAAAGGCGGUCCGAACUCCGGUGCUGCUAGCCUCCUCACCGGCGCGUCGACCGUCAGCCUUGGCACCGUCGCUGCUGUCUUUGCUCUGAUGCUCUAA